GAAGCGUUGGUAUGGGGAUGGACACCAGCUCUUCAGACCACGACAUCUUUCUGCGGUUUAAAGAUGGCGACGAAGACAUGGUGCAGAUUUUGUACGAAGUUGUCCUGGACCUUCAAAAGCAAAGCUCAACACACUGCCGGCUGAAGCGGGCGAAGAUUUUGCGCAAAGAUUUUGCGGUGGAGAUUCAGGACUACUACCGCUUCAGAGAUUUUGAUCUGGUACCCUACACAGUGAAGCCAGGUCCGACAGGUUUGGAAGAUUGCCAGUGGGACGCAGGUCGCAAGGUCUGGCAGCGAAUUUUGCAUUCAGAUUUGACACCCAAGCUGCAGGAACUGUCCGAGAAACACCCCGACGGAUUUUCGAUGACCAGACUUCUGAAGAUUUACAACGAAUCGUUGCCGCGCCUCCGUAAGUCUGGUGAGAAAAAGAAACCUCCACUCAUCUCCUUACACAUUCCUUUGAUGGUCCUUGGAGCUCUUGAUCAGCGCAAGCUUGACAGAUGUAAGGACCCGCAGGGUUACUUUAUGGAAUCCUUGAAAUAUAUCAGGCACAAUUGGGCUCGUGCUGAAGUGGCCGAAAACGAGACAAGUUUGCAAGAGAUUGGAGCUGAAGCCCAUUUGCAACGCAUGACGAAGAAGUAUGGCGAGGCACAGAUGGAAGUCGAAUUCACUCAGCUGCUAGACGAUCAUCUCAUCAUUCUGGAGCAGCUAUGUGCAGAGAAGGGAGAUGACAAGCUGGCAGCCCAGAGGGUCAUCUCAAGUGUUCAAUCCCUCUUUGGGACUUCGGGACCCCAUGGGCUGUUGGCUCGAGAACCUACCUACAAAUCCAAGGUGGCUGAGGCUGAGGCUAAGGCUAACCUUUGA